CAUUUAGUGCUGCCGGUUUGCAGUGCAGUGAGUUCUAGUGACUGCUUCUGUUCGAAAAAAUUUGGUCAAAAUGGCAGAUCAGUCCAACCAAGCCCGAAGAACUAUGCUUAAGAUGGAUUUUCCCGUCCCAAACAGUAACAACUCCAUCGGAGGCUUCCGCCCCCUUCCGAGCCAGCCUGGGGUCAACAGCGAGAAAUUUGGAGCGGCGGGGGGUACCAACCGCCCCAAAAUGAACCUGCCUACCGUCGCCAAAUCCGCACUGGACCCCACAAUAGACAGAACUCGUGAUUCAAGAUUCAAAAUUCAGUCGAUGAAUUCAACAGGAAAGCUGCAGAUUGCCGGGAAGACGUACGAUUUUACAUCAGAUGAUUUGCAGGACAUUGGUGAAAUUGGGAGAGGGGGUUUCGGGACUGUUAAUAAAAUGGUACAUAGGAAGUCAAAUACUGUGGUUGCUGUGAAAAGGAUAAGAUCAACGGUCGAUGAAAAGGAACAAAAACAGUUGUUAAUGGAUUUGGAUGUUGUGAUGAAAAGCAAUGAGUGCCAUUAUAUUGUUCAGUUCUAUGGGGCGCUGUUUAAGGAGGGGGACUGCUGGAUCGUAAUGGAACUAAUGGAUACAUCGUUGGACAAAUUUUACAAAUUCAUCUAUGAUAAAUUAAAUGAUCGAAUUCCAGAAGAAAUUUUGGGGAAAAUUGCACUAGCAACUGUAAAAGCCUUAAACUAUCUUAAAGAGAAGUUAAAAAUUAUACAUCGAGAUGUAAAACCAAGCAAUAUUCUACUUGAUCGAAAUGGGAAUAUUAAGUUAUGUGAUUUUGGGAUUUCGGGACAGUUGGUGGAUUCAAUCGCAAGGACACGGGAUGCCGGCUGUAGACCAUAUAUGGCUCCGGAAAGAAUAGACCCCCAGACUGCCAAAGGGUACGACGUUCGAAGUGACGUUUGGUCCUUGGGUAUAACAUUAAUGGAAGUUGCAACGGGUCGUUUUCCUUACCCGCGAUGGUCGAGUGUUUUCGAUCAAUUACACCAAGUCGUCAAUGGGGAACCUCCUCGCCUUACAGUUAACCAUAACGCCAACACAUUUACGUCAGAAUUUGUUAAUUUUGUAAAUACUUGUUUAAUAAAAGAUGAACAUGCCAGACCAAAGUACAAGCGGUUGCUCGAAGAUCCGUUCAUUUUGAGGGCCCAGAAAGAAAAAGUCGACGUGGCUGCUUACGUUUCGAGGAUUAUGGAUGAAAUGGCCAAUAACGGAAUAAGUGCUUUUACAACAAAUCAGCAGUGAAGUUUGUUGAAGUGAGUUUCUUAGCUGUAGCGACCGAGUCACAGGCAUCUCAGGUGAUGUAAUAAGUAGGAAAAAACUGUUAGUGAUUACUUAAAGUGAGUAAUUAUCGCUUAGAAAAUAAUUUUAUUAUUAAAUAUUAUGAUUAUCGGUAAGUUUUGUGCAAUUGCGACUCCAAUCGCGACUUCCUUGGUGAUAACUCGAUGAUGAGAUUCUUUACGUUAUUUUAAGUUCAUCAUUCUAAAGAUGUAAUUAUUGAGGAAAAGUAUAUAGCUUUAGUAACUUUCAUGUUACAUAGGUGAAGCCACUGAAAACAGUCCAAUGUAUAUAUUAUAGUGAGUGUCCAGUUUUUAGGUUCAACUUUAAUGUGAUGUCUAUUUUAGCAUUUAUUGGAUACAUUCAAGGUGCUUUUUGCAUUAUUUUCGUCGAUUUUUUUGAUGCGAUUAUUUCGAAAAUUGUUACCGAUUUUAACCAAUAAAACGUUGCCUGUUCUAUUGUACCUUGUACGAUCUUUGUACAUAGUUAGUGUAUGUUGUUAAUAUUUAAUUUUUUACUCAAUUGUUUAAGAAAUAAGCAAAUUGUAUGUUUAUUUACCAACACAAUGUUGAGUAUGUAAAGUAAAAUUGUACAGAAACA